AUGGCUGGGACAGUAGGAGCGGAGGAUGCUGAGUAUUAUUAUCGGUGCUGUGACAGAAGAACUGAUCUGCUUCCACAUGUCAAGAAAUUCUUACAAAUAUGUGAAUCCAUUAGCUCUCAUGAUGACAUCAAGAAAAUUCUCAAUCUGGGGGUUCAUGUUUUGCAAGGUUCGCAGAGAAGUGCGGCAAAGAGGUUGCUGCAUGUAUUUGAUAUAGCUAUGGGAAAACAAUAUGAAUCAAGACUCGAAAUUGUACCUGUACUUGACAACGGCUGGAAUGUGGAUGAUAGAUCAACAGGAGUGAUGAUCUGUCAUAAUGGAAAUCAUGUAGUUCAAUCCGCAAUAGACGAGGAGGAGCAUGUAGAUAUCAGACAAGGUUCUCCAAAGAAAGUAUCUACAGAUUUUGAUCCUGAGGUGGAGUCCCUGAAACUUGAACAUAAAGUUGAACAGACACUGCAAGCCCUGAAAGAGUCUCAGGAGCUGCAAUUCAAGAUAGCAAGCGAGAGGUUGCAUGAUCAAAAAAAUUGCAUCCAGAAUCUGUAUCAGCAACUCGGUAAGGAAAAGUCUGAAAUUGAACGCCACUUGGCUUAUGUUGCUGACCCAGGUGUCUUGCUCCAGCUUACUGAGAGUAAAGUGGAUCUGAUAAAGAAAGAGUUGCAUAAACUCGAGGAUAUGAAAGCAGUGUCUGAGGGAUUUGCAAAAACCUCAAAAGAAAUUCUGAAACAAUAUUUCGGCCUAGAGAAUUGA